AUGGGUAUUGCUAAUCCCUCGGUUGAUCCGGCAAACGUGGUGCAAUCGCUCGUAUACAUUCUCUCGGGAGUGUUUGAUGCUACUAGGGACUUGUAUCGCACUUUGUCUUUGAAGGAGCAGAGGGAAUAUGAACAGAGCCUCAGGAGCUACUCGAGAAGAGCCGAAUAUGUCUCAGAUGAGAGGUUGGGCAGCGAGGAAGCCAUCAUGACGGACAAGGCGACAAUGGUCCGGCAGUUUGAGAUUGGAUAUCACGCAAUGGGCACCGAGUUCGCUAUGGGUGAUGUGACUGCGCAGACGGAGCUCCAGUGGCAAAUCAUUGCCUUGCAGAGCGUGCUUGUGAGCACUGCCAUAUACGGACCUGUGUCAUCUGACUCGGCGGCUCAUCAAUUAUCGAAUAUCAACGCGGCUUCAAGAGCGGCAGCAGCGAGGUCGAUUGAAAUCUUGGUCGCACUGCAGGACCGGCAGAUGGAUGAGCGCCCAGUUACACCGCGGUCGAUGCAUUCAGUUACUACGACUCGUUCGAGCCCACAUCAUGCGCCUUCGCAUGUGGCUUCCCAUGUAACGUCUCAUUCGACUAGCCAUGCACCGUCACAUGCGCCUUCUCACCAUAGCUCUUAUGCGCCGUCUGUUACUCCGUCUCAGUCGAUAUCUUGCGUACGACCGACGACGGUUGUAGUAGCGCCAUCUCAAGCACCGUCUAAAGUUCCGUCGAAAGUACCAUCAAAAGCACCGUCCAAAGCACCCUCCCAAGCGCCAUCUAAAGUACCGUCCCAGGCACCAUCUAAAGUACCGUCUCAGGCACCGUCGAGAGCUCCAUCAAAAGCGCCGUCUAAAGCACCUUCGCACGCAGCAUCCCAAGCACCAUCGCGAGUCCUAGUACUUCCUCAGCCACCCAUUGGUGCCAAUUCGACUACUACCGUGACUGUCAAGCACGAUGAACCCGUACACGUACGAACCAAUAGCCCAAUUAACACAACAAUCCUCGACUGGCAAAGCAAAGUCGAGCCCGCGUCCUCCGUCACCGAAAGCACCUCCACCAUCGUCCCAUCCCACCCAGGCCACCUCUACUGCCAAUACGCCUACGACCUCCAGCGCGACCCCACGCAGCCCCUGCACCCCACGCUCCUCACCACUAGAGACGCGCGCUGCCCGCACUGCGCAGGGUCCCUACAUCUCUCCCCGGGAAAAGCCUGGGAAAUCUCCAAAUGGGCCGGCGACACCGAACGCACCUUCCAAGUCUCAAACCGCUUCGUAGUAAAAUGCCAUCGCGACGGGCCCGACGCGCAGUACUGCUGCGUUAUCUGCUCCAAGUACUCGGAUUCCGACACUGUUUGUGGUGAUGUCAAGGCGCUGGUUAAACAUCUUUCUGAUGAGCAUGAGGUUAGGGAGUUGAAGCAUGAAGAGGAUAUUGUCGAGGUUAUUGAACAGGUCAUGGUGGUGGGGAAGAGGGAUAGUGGCGUGGGUUAUACUGGGGGUGCGGCGUCGAGGGGGAGUCGGAGUAGAAGGAGUGCGAGUGUAGUGUCUGGGAAGGGGAGGAGGAGGAAGAGUUUGGGGGUUUUGGAAAGGGAGGUUGAUGUUUUUGAUGUGAGGAGUGGAAGGAGGUGA